AUGGCUGUUACCCUGCUUGAAGAUUGGAGCAAGGGGAUGGACCUUGACCCCAGGAAAGCCCUGCUGAUUGUGGGCAUCCCGGUCGAGUGCACGGAGGCUGAGAUUAAGGAGACAGUGAAGGCAGGCCUGCAGGCCGUGUGCUCCUACAAAGUGGUGGGCAGAAUGUUUAGAAGGGAAGACAGUGCCAAGGCUGUCUUCCUUGAGCUGGUGGAGCCUGUUAACUACACCACAAUGCCCAGCCACAUCCUGGGCAGAGGAGGCACCUGGGAGGUGGUGGUGGAACCACGCAACCCAGAUGAUGAGUUCCUCAGCAAACUGAACUACUUCCUAAAAGAUGAAGGCCGACGCAUGGUGGACGUGGCCAAAACCCUGGGCUAUGGCGGCUCUCCAGGUGCUGCCUCUGAGGGCAGGGAGCCUGAAGCUUUGGGCUCAGGGGCGGCCCCAGGUUUGCAGCCUCUGAAGGAAAGCAUGUGGUACCGAAAACUCUCUUUGUUUUCGGGCAAUGCUUUCUUGGCACCUGACGAGGAGACCUUUGAGGUCUGGAUAGAGCAAGUCACUGAAAUGGUGCAGCUCUGGCAGGUGUCCGAGGUAGAGAAGCGCCGGCGGCUGCUGGAGAGCCUGCGUGGCCCUGCACUGUCCAUCAUGCGCGUGCUGCGUGCCAACAACGAUGCCAUUACAGUGGAGGAGUGUCUGGACGCCCUGGUGCAGAUCUUUGGCAGCAAGGAGGACAGCCGCACCUCCCAGUUCCGCUUCCUGCAGGCCUGCCAGAAGGCUGGGGAGAAGGUCUCGGCCUUCCUGCUCCGCUUGGAGCCCCUACUGCAGAAGGCUGUGCGCCACAGCCCCAUGUCAGCACGCAACGCUGACAGCAUCCGCCUGAAGCACAUCCUGACUCGGGCCUCCAUGACCACCGCGCUGCGCGGCAAGUUGGACAUCCUCAACCAGCGGGGCUGUCCCCCCACCUUCCUGGAGUUGAUGAAGCUCAUCCGAGAUGAGGAGGAGUGGGAGGUCACCAUGGCAGUGACCAGGGAGAAGCUGAAGCACUCAGGAAAGAGCCACAAGGGUUCGAGCAGGCAGGUGAAUUUGGAAAUCCACGAUCCUGCACCCCAGGCCCCCAUGCUCACUGGGACUCUAGUAGAGAAUAGCACCCAGACCUCCCAAGAAGACACUUCCCUGGCACUCAAGCGCAGGCGCCUAUCAGACCCCAAAGUCAGCAUGGAUGACGGGCAGCCCCUGCAUCUCAGGCCAGAGCAGCAGCCGGGAAACGGAGUCAGGGCUGGGGCCGUGAGCCACCUCAAGCCCUGA